UUGAUAGUUACUGAAAUGAGCAUAUCAUUACUUAUUCAAAAAUUAUCGCUUAUCAUGGCUUUAAGCAGUAAUGUUGACAAUGAUAAUUUGACAUGUGUACUCUACGGCAUUAGAGAUCUUCGUCUUGAACAACGUCCUAUUCCUCAACCUGGUGAAAAUGAAGUAUUAUUAAAAAUUCAGUGUGUUGGAAUUUGUGGUUCAGAUGUCCAUUAUUUAGUACAUGGUAAUAUUGGUAAUUUUAUUGUUAAAGAACCGAUGGUUAUUGGACAUGAAGCUAGUGGCAUUGUUAUUAAAACUGGAAAAGGUGUCACAAAUCUUAAAGUUGGGGAUAGAGUAGCUAUUGAACCAGGAGUUUCAUGUAGAAAAUGUUCAUUUUGUAAAACAGGUAAAUAUAAUUUAUGUCCUGAUAUGCAAUUUUGUGCAACUCCACCUUUUGAUGGUAAUUUGACACGGUAUUAUGUCCAUGCUGCUGAUUUUUGUUAUAAGUUACCAGAUUGUAUGACUUUAGAAGAAGGAGCACUACUUGAACCUCUUUCAGUUGGAGUUCAUGCCUGUAAGAAAGCAAAUAUAACAGUUGGCUCUACAAUUCUAAUUUUGGGUGCUGGACCAAUAGGAUUGGCCACAUUAGCAACAGCAAAAGCUAUGGGAGCAUCACAUAUUUAUAUUACUGAUCUAACUGAAUACAGAUUAAAUUUAGCUAGAGAAAUGGGUGCCUCAAAAACAAUUUUAAUAAAAAGAAGUUUUUCAGAUGAAGAAGCUAUAAGUCAUGUAAAAAAUGGAAUGGAUCAUAAAUUACCUGAUGUAACCUUAGACUGUAGUGGAUUUCAACAAACUAUGAAAAUGGGAAUAGAGAUCACUAAGUCUGGCGGAAUAUUAGUAAUUGUUGGAAUGGGAGCAUCUGGAAAUGUUCAAUUGCCUUUAUUUAAUGCUUUGUCUCGUGAAGUAGAUAUCAAAGGAGUAUUUCGAUAUGCUAAUGACUAUCCAAAUGCUUUAGAAAUGGUGGCUUCGAAAAGUGUCAAUUUAAAACCAUUAAUUACUCAUCAUUUUAAGUUGGAAAAUUCAUUGGAAGCUUUUAAGACUGCUGAAACUGGAGAAGGAGGUGCCAUUAAAGUCAUGAUUCAUUGUGAUUAAUAUACUUGAUUUUCUAGAAAAUAUAUUUUUAUCUAUACUAGUUUC